AUGGCUGUACGUGGUGCUAUUUUCCGUGGCCUUCGCCGCUUCAGCAGCGUCAGCUGUCUGAGUGUUCGCGCAAGCCAAUUCGGACGCUUCGAGCCCUCAUUCCGCGCUGCGGCUCUCCGCCAGGGCACCCGUGCCUUUUCCGCCGAGUCUGAGAAGCUCCGCCAGCUCGUCCAGGGCGAGAUUCAACACGAAAACUCGAACUACGAAUCCCCUGCCACCAUCAAGACCUUCCUGGAGAAGAAUGAGUGGAAAUUUAUCGAGAAGGAGGGCGACGUCAACAUGACCCUGGAGAAGACUGUAGACGGCAAGAAGGUCACUGUUGACUUCCAGUUGGUGUCACCUUUCGAAACGGAGGGUGAGGGCGAGACCCAGGCUGAGAUGACCGACUUCUCGGUCACUGUCGAGAAGGCCGGCGGCCAGGGAAUCACCUUCUACUGCAGCACCCUGCAGAACGACGACAAGUUCAGGUACAUGAUCUGCAACGUGCGUUUCUUCAGCGACGAAGCUUCCAAGAACUCAGUAGGUCGUUUUGUCAGCUCGUUAAAUACGUGCCAGGUGUCCACCUACAACGGUCCCGACUUCGAGGACCUCGACGACAGCCUGCAGGCUACUUUGGAUGAGUGGCUCGGCAGCCUCGGCGUCGAUGGCGAGCUUUGCGACUUCAUCGACUCUUGCAGCAUCGACAAGGAGCAGCGUGAGUACAUCUUCUGGCUUAAGGGUCUUGAGAAGUUCCUCUCCUAA